AUGAUAUUGAGAGAAGGCGGGGGAGCGGUCAGGGGUAGAGAGGGCUUGGAGGCGGGACGGAAUGCGUCGCUUGACAAGAUACUAUGGCUGUUCGAGUUGCAUAGGCGCCGCGAUACAGUGCAGAUGACUUGGGAGGGGCUGGACGUCAAGCGUGAAGGACGUAUACGACCGUUCGCGCUACGAGGCCUGCUAGCGGGUGUCGCGGGGGCGACGCCAUGUAGAUGUGAGACAGGCCAUUGGAGGGGCGAUCCACGAAUCACCAAGCUUGGUGCGAAGGAGGGACAAGGAAAGGGAAGGAGGGCAAGCGUGACUCGGGGAAGGCUGGACGAGGCACACGAGCUCGAGGCGGCAGACUCAAAAUGCCACAGAGUAUUGAUCACACACCGGAGGGAGAUGGCCCGGGCGGGUGGAGAUGGAUGGAUGGACAGGGAUACACGUGCAGGCUCGUGCGCCAUCAUUCGCGUCGGGACGAACGUGGCCAACGCCUCGGGUGUAAGCACUGGUCUGGCGUCUGCCAAGGCGAAUGAAGCUCGGCGCAGACAAAGGCACGAUCGAUGUCACUGGUUGAGAAUGACACACGCCGAUCGUCAUUAG